AUGCAGACAGUCUUCACGAUCGGAGUUGGCUAUGACCUUGACCCCAACAAUGCUGAGAUGUUUCCCAAGCUGAUGAACAACCUGCCUGUCAUCAUGCAGAUAACGUUUGCCUUCACUUUGAUCUACAUCUGGUGUCUCGCAGCUCUCAAGCUCUCACAACUUGCCCUAUAUCACCGCGUUUUCCAACUCCAACUGCGUCUCCCGGUCUACAUCGUCGGCGGCAUAGUCGUCGCCUGGGCUAUUGUCUUCAACUUCGUCUUCAUAUUCCUCUGCGACCCUAUCUCUCAACAAUGGACCAUCAAACGAGUUGGACACUGCAUGGAUCAGAUAUUGCUGCUCAAGUGUCUGAUCUUGUCAAACAUGGUCACCGACCUCAUGAUUGUGGUAAUUCCGAUUCGCUGCGUAUGGCAGUUGCAAAUGCGAAAGACGGAAAAGUUUGCUGUGUUGGCAUGUUUCGGCUUGGGUCUGGCCUGUGUUUUCAUCAGUAUCGCACGAUUCAUCCUCAUCUACACCAUUGAUCUCAUCGGCAACCUCACGGGUACAUCAGGUACAACCUUUAUGCUUUGCACCGUCGAGCUCAUGCUCGCUGGUCUCUGCAUCAACAUUCCCAUGUUGCGCCCAUUCUACCUCCAGUGGCGCCAAAAGUAUAAGAGCUCAUCAAUGAGCAACAGCGGUCGACUCAGUGCGAUCAAGAGGUCGAACACUGGUGGAAUGGGAUCGCAGCAAGCGAGACCGGGACACUAUACCCAGUGGAUGGAGUUGCAUGACAAAGAUCAGACAAACAUCACCGUUACGGGCGACGACGCAAGUUCCGAACGAAAACUCACCUCAGAACCACUGCCGUUCGAUGCCAUCCAGGUUUCCAAAGACUUUAAGAUCACCCGAACUUGA